AUGCCCCCGCCGACCGCCGCGGCGGCGGCCGACCCCGCCGCGUUCCCCGCGGCCUUCCUCUCCGUCCCGUCCCCGUUCCUCCCCUCCACCCCGCCGCUCCCCGCCCCCCUCGCCCCCUCCCACGCCUCCUUCCUCCCCCGCGCCCGCGCGCGGGGGCCCCGCCCGCUCGCCGUCUCCGUCUCCGUCUCCGUCACGGGCCCGACCUCCACCGCCGCCUCCCGGCUCCACCACAUGUGGGCCGAGUUCGCCCGCUUCGUGCGCCUCCACGGCAACCAAAUCGCGCCGCUCGGCUUCGCGUCCCUCGGUUCAGCCCUUGGCGGCGGCGGCGGCUGCGGCGGGGAAGGCGGCGGGGGAGGCGGCGGUGGCGGGGAUGCGGACGGGGCGGCGGUCGAGGAGGAAGGCGUGGCGCGGGCCCAGGCGCCGAAGAAGGUGCUGAUCCUCAUGAGCGACACCGGCGGCGGCCACCGCGCCUCCGCCGAGGCCAUCAAGUCCGCCUUCGCCCAGGAGUACGGCGACGACUACCAGGUAUUCGUCACAGAUUUGUGGACCGAACAUACUCCGUGGCCUUUCAACCAACUUCCCAGAAGCUAUAGUUUCUUGGUGAAACAUGGACCCUUGUGGAAGAUGACAUACUAUGGUACUGCACCACGAGUAAUUCAUCAGCCACAUUUUGCUGCAACAGCGACAUUCAUAGCGAGAGAGGUUGCCAAAGGUCUAAUGAAAUACCAACCAGACGUUAUUAUCAGUGUACAUCCUUUAAUGCAACAUGUCCCCCUUCGUGUUCUGCGGUCCAGAGGUUUACUGGAUAAGAUUCCAUUCACAACGGUUAUCACAGACCUGAGCACUUGUCACCCAACAUGGUUUCACAAGCUUGUGACCAGAUGUUACUGUCCAUCAGCUGAGGUGACUAAGAGAGCACUAAAAGCUGGACUGCAACCUUCACAAAUUAAAGUCUAUGGCCUCCCUGUACGCCCAUCUUUUGUCAAACCUGUUCCACCGAAGGAUGAGCUACGUAGGGAGUUAGGUAUGGAUGAAUAUUUGCCUGCUGUUCUAUUAAUGGGUGGGGGUGAAGGGAUGGGUCCUAUUGAAGCCACUGCUAGAGCGCUUGAUAAUUCUUUAUAUGACGAAAGCCUUGGGGGACCCAAGGGUCAAAUACUUAUAAUAUGUGGACGCAAUAAGAAGUUGACUAACAGGUUGCAGUCAAUCAAUUGGAAAGUUCCCGUUCAGGUGAAAGGUUUCGUUACAAAGAUGGAAGAAUGCAUGGGUGCUUGUGAUAGUAUCAUUACAAAGGCGGGGCCUGGUACAAUUGCAGAGGCGAUGAUUCGUGGCCUCCCCAUUAUUCUAAAUGGUUAUAUCGCCGGACAGGAAGCUGGCAAUGUUCCCUACGUUGUUGAAAAUGGAUGCGGAAGGUUCUCCAAAUCUCCAGAACAUAUCGCAAAGAUUGUUGCUGAUUGGUUUGGCCCCAGGUCAGAUGAGCUCCAAGUAAUGUCGCAAAAUUGCCUCAAACUAGCUCGCCCAGAUGCGGUGUUUAAAAUUGUUCACGAUCUACAUGAGUUAGUCAGGCAAAAGUCUUUUGUACCAGAAUAUGCAUGUGCAACAUAAUCUCCUACUGUCUCUUUUGAAUUUAGUUAGUUUUAUUCUUUUUGUGCGGCACUAGUCAUAGUUAUUUGUGAGGAUUGAAAAUAUCAAUUGAUUUGCAAUUGUUAGCAUGAAUGGGAAAGUAACCUGAAAAAAGUGCGAAACAUUUGGGACUAUUUCUUACUGA